UCCCAAAUUUUACAAUAAUUAUUGUUCUGCAUCAUAAAAUCAUAACAAUUCAGAAACAACAAUAAAAUUUUAGACGACAUGGCCGAAACAAACCAAAACGAAACAAAGCCAGACGGUGCUAUCUUCGAUGAUUAUUUUGAGAGUCUAGGUAAAAAGGCACAGAAUCUUUCUGCCAAUGACUCGAAGGAUGGUACUGUGACCAACGGCACAUUGGAGUCGGAUGAAGAUCAGAGAGUGGUAGAUGAAAUCGAAUCAUUAUGUAUGAACUGUCAUGAAAAUGUACGUUAAGCCAUCCUUUAACUACUAAGAAUGCCUGCUAACCCUUCACUCUUAGGGAAUCACCCGAUUACUCCUCACACGAAUUCCUUACUUCCGCGAAAUUAUCCUUAUGUCCUUCUUCUGUCCGCACUGCAGCUUCAAAAAUUCCGAGAUCCAAUCUGCUGGAGAAAUUCAACAAAGAGGUUCACGAUUUGAAUUGCGCCUCACCACCCCCGAAGAUUUCUCAAGACAAGUGGUGAAAUCUGAUUCUUGUACUGUAAAAUUUAUCGAGUUGGAUCUUGAGGUUCCAGAAGGCCGAGGGCAGUUGACAAAUGUAGAAGGUCUUUUGAGCAUGAUUCUUGAUGAUCUUGCUCUCAAACAACCAGAGCGAAAGGAGCAAAUUCCAGAAGUAUAUGAAAAAAUCGAAGAUGUUAUUACCAGAGGUCGGAAGAUGCUUGCAGGCGAGGCAUUUCCUUUCAGACUAUCUCUUGAUGAUCCAGCAGGAAAUUCAUGGAUUGAGCCAGAUCAAAGGGAUGGUGUAGGAAAACUCGCCAAGGUCCAAUAUCCAAGAACCCCAGAACAAAAUGAGGCUCUUGGUCUCAGUGGUGAACAGCCUACUGAUGCUGCAACUGGAGGACAACCCACUGCCGCAAGUUUCGAAGACGACGAUAUUAUCCCUAACGAAGUUUAUUCUUUCCCAGCUACCUGCCCUGGAUGUACAAGACAUUGCGUCACACAUAUGAAGAUGGUUGAAAUUCCACAUUUCAAGCAAGUUGUUAUUAUGAGUACAGUAUGUGAACAUUGCGGAUAUCGUUCGAAUGAGGUUAAAACUGGAGGUGAAGUUCCAGCGAAGGGUAAAUGUAUCACUCUUAAGGUUGAAAGUGUUGUGGAUUUAGCAAGAGAUAUCCUCAAGUCAGAGUCGUGCGCAUUGGAAUGCCCUGAACUCAAACUCUCGGUUAACCCUGGAACUUUGGGAGGAAGAUUUACCACCGUUGAAGGUCUCCUCACUCAGGUGCGAGACGAUUUACAUCAACAAAUAUUUGAUGUUGGUGAUGCCGGAGAAGGUGGAGAUGGUAUGGAAUCAGAAUCUAAGAAGAACUGGAAGAUAUUUUUCGAUGGUAUCGACGAGGCCAUUAAGGGCGACAGAAAAUUCACAAUUAUACUCAGAGAUCCAUUGGCAAGCAGUUACGUACAGAAUCUGUAUUUACCGGACGCUGAUCCAUCGAUCGAGAUAGAGGAAUAUCAGAGAACUGCUGAGGAAGAAGAGGACUUGGGUCUUUCGGAUAUGAAGACGGAAGGCUAUGUAGAUGAGGUGGGCGAUGAAAAGAGGAGAGUAGAGGCUGAGAAGGCAGCGGCGGAGGGGAAGGGGGAAUAAACAACUUUGAAAUUUGAAAAGUUAGAUCUUUUUUAAAUAAUGAUAUCCAGCAUUUACAGCGACUCGAACUUUUCUCGGGCUU